UCACUCCCCCUCCCCGCUAGUAUUUAUCUUCCUUGCUGACGAGAGCUAAUUCGAUGGUGGUGGUGUGCAGGAUUUCCUCGUCCGCCUGAAGAUGCUGGCUUCGAAGCGGUCGGAGACGGCCGUCCACGCUAACCUCGCCGACACGCUGGAUCUGCGCAUGCUGCGGGAUCUCGCACACAUGGAUUGGCGUCUUCUUUACUUGCACCCAGCUCAUGACUUGCUGUUCUGGCUUUAGGAAUUUAUUCCUCAGAGCUCAUAGGUUUGGCUUUGAGAGGAAAUUGUUUGAGGUCUGUGAACGCCGACAGGUCUGGCUGGCAAUGUAGCUCAUAGCUUUGGCUUUGAGAGGAAAUUGUUUGAGGUCUGUGAACGUCGACAGGUCUGGCUGGCAAUGUGCUACCAAGUCAAUAUCAACUGAAACUUGCCAAUAUUUUGUGAGUUAAAGACUGAAAGUCAAAACAUUAGGACGCAGCAAGUUGGAUUAUCCCAUCAUUUAUCAUGGAGGCAGCAAUGACAAGUUGCUGACAGAAUGUGGAGGGCAGCAACUAGUCUAGCUAGUAGAAAGCCUAUAUGUACAUUCAACUUAGAUGGGAACCCCGAGAAGUAUCUAGCUAGCAGUAGCACUUCGGCAGCAGCAACCCAGCACAGCUAUUUUGCAGAUGGUGAUACAAGCCUCUCAGCCGUCCUCCGCGGUGAGUGUGUGCAAGAGGUCAGCUGUACAGGGGGCGACCUUGGUGGUAACAUUGAGGACACUGGUUUUGGUUUGUCUUGCAAAAAUGGUCUAACUGUAACUUUUGUACAGGAUCCAACAGAUGCCAGGGGCGAACCUGCCUCUCAGCCUGAAAAGUCAAAGGUUGAGGAGGAGUUGAAGAAAGCAGCUGCACAUCGGUCUCGGCCUAGCUGCUAUUAUUACUAUUACUUCAAUGAAGGAGAUCCUCAGAAUUAUUCUGAUGAUUUGGAGAUGGAGAUGGAACAAGGACUAUUACCGCUUGUUAAUUUCCCGGAUAAACAGGUUCAGUUCGAGGAGUGGAAGAUAGAAGCACAACAGUUUGAGACUGAUUUUGGCGAGAUGGAAAUGAAGAUUCAUAGGUUCCCUGCAAGCAUGCGGAGCCUUGGACGGCGUUACAUCGUCCCAAUGGCCGUGAGCAUCGGUCUUUACCACCACGGCUCAAGUAGCCUGCAUGAGAUGGAGAAGGUGAAGCGCGUGGCUACACUCCACUUCAUCAGUUACUCGAUCAGGCCGCUCAUUUGAGGAGAUGUAUGCGGCGGUCUUCUCCGUCAUAGGUGCUGCCCGCAGCUUCUAUGACACCAAGGAUUCCAAGGUCGACGUAGGAGAUGCUGAAUUUGCAGACAUGAUGUUCAUCGAUGGUUGCUUCUUGCUGCAGUAUAUGCGUAUGUGUACCGGCCUUGGCAAGCUGCCUCCGUCAUUGUUGUCUUGCUUCUAGUCCAACGAGGCUUGCAUCAUCAAUGACAUAAUGCUGCUCGAGAAUCAACUUCCCUGGAUGGUGGUCAACAUCCUAAGGAGGUUCAGGCCCAUGCCCGUAGAGGAGUUCAUCGGUUAGAUGGGACGCACACUCCAAAUCCGGGGGCACAUGGACAGGAGACCAGUUGUGAUGGAUGCUAGGUGCACGCCGCCACAUCUUCUUGCCAUCCUCUUGUUCUACAAAGCGGGAAGCAUAGAUAAUAAUGUGCCCCUGUCUGUUCCAGAUGGUUUUAGAUCUAUGGCAAAUGGUUUCAGCACCCGGGUGCCCUACACCCUCUAUGAACAGUAAAUUCAAAAAAAAUAAAAAAAAA